CUCUGCACCCGGUAUUUAUCACAAGAGUCGUGACUGCUAGUUUAGUCGGACGCGUCUUGCCUUUUUCAUCCGCAUACUCAAGCCCUUCGGUUGGGUUUCCCGUUUUCACUCGACGUCGUCACCUCAUUCCUUUUUUGCUGUCUUUUUUUAAACGUAUUUUUUGUGGAACCAUGUCGGCCGAAAGUCCCGAAUACGCCUCGUUCUUCGCAGUGAUGGGUGCCUCUGCGGCGAUGGUGUUUAGCGCCCUGGGAGCGGCGUACGGCACGGCCAAGAGCGGCACGGGCAUCGCCGCCAUGUCGGUGAUGAGGCCGGAGCUCAUCAUGAAGUCCAUCAUCCCUGUGGUCAUGGCGGGCAUCAUCGCCAUCUACGGCCUCGUCGUCGCCGUGCUGAUUGCCAACAGCAUCACAGAGCAGGUCACCCUCUACAAGAGCUUCCUCCACCUGGGGGCCGGCCUAAGCGUGGGCCUGAGCGGGCUGGCGGCCGGCUUCGCCAUCGGGAUAGUGGGCGACGCGGGCGUCAGGGGCACGGCUCAGCAGCCGCGACUUUUUGUGGGCAUGAUCCUCAUCUUGAUUUUCGCCGAGGUCUUGGGUCUCUACGGGCUCAUCGUUGCCCUCAUUCUGUCCACAAAAUAAACGCGGGCCGCCACGCAGCACCUCUCCGCUACAAGAUCUGGCCCACGUGUCGCUGCUGGAGAAGGAGUGUGAAUUGUGUGUGAGUGUGCGUGUGUGUUGUGAGGGUGGGGUGGUCUAUUUGUAAAAUUUCUCCAACACAAAGUGGAAGAAGAGAAGAUGGUAUCAAAAAGAAUCAAAAUGGCUCCGUGAUAGGGUCUCAUCUCAACGUGUACAAAUUUGGUAGUCGACUUGUAAAUGAGCUAUAUAGUCAUUUGUCUGUCUUGUGUGUGUUUCAAAACAAUUGUAUGAUGAAAGUUCCUCAGCACCCCCCACUCUCCACUUAUUUGGGGCCUGGAGCAGCGCUCUCGAAAUCUCGAGCUGACCAAAUUCUCCUGCGGGAUAAUCUCGAGGAUCUGUUUGUGAAAUGGACUUUUUUUCUUUCUCCUCUCCGCUGAUUUUAUUUAUAAGAAAUUGUCCAUUAAACUGUUGAUAUGCAUCAAGUCUAACUUCCCAAGAUAUAUCUUUACAUCUAUACAGAGAUAGAUAGGUUGAAUAUGCUAAGUGGCUGGAACUCUUCAGGAUGUAGUUGUCGGUUUCCUCAUUUCCGACGGCCCAGGCUGUUGGGCUGGGAGUUGUCAUGUGUAGCUGUGUUCCAAUCAUGACCGCGAAAAAAUCCUUCUCAAUGUUUUUGCCUGUAGUACUGAUGUUUGCAUUAAAGGUGCGAGCGUGCGUGUGCCCAGUGUUGGGUCUCCCAAACGUUCCCCAUCAUCAAAGUCUA